CAAGGUGGGAGAUAAAAAAUUUCGAGAGAUCCUCCUUUGCUGUGCCCCUUUCCAAUUAUGGGUCCUGUUCCUCCGCCUUUCAUCGAACUAGUUCCUUGUCCGUUGUUCAUGGGACCGGUUCCUCCUAUUCAUCGUCGGCCGUUCAUGGGACUGAUUCCUCUGCCGAUCAUGGAACCGGUUCCUCUGCCUUUCAUGGGACCGGUAGGUUCGGUUCCUCGGCUACUUAUGGGAUCAGUUCGUCCGCCGUUCAUAGGACCGCUUCCUCCUCGGCCGCUCAUGGGGCCGCAGGAUAUUCCAUUAAUCAGGGGUGUUUGUCCUCAUCAUCAUACUCGCUGGGCUAUUAGAGGCGACCACUGCCUCGUUCGUAAAAAUAAUCAUGGUCCCUGUUGUGAUGUUAACAACAUUGGCAAGGCUGCCGGAAAGUGGCCGUAGUAAUCAUGAUAAUGGUCCCGGUUCUGGUGCUAACAACACUGGCAAGGCUGCCGGAGGUAUCUAUUCCAUUUACCUUGCGGGAGAGAUAAACGUUAAAGCACAAGAGCUUUAGGAAAAGCGCGGGCUGCAAUCCCAAAGGACUACUGAAGAAUCCAUCCCACUGGUUUUAGCCGUACGGUUGUUCAUCAUGCUAUAGCGUAUCACCCAUUUGGAAAAGAGCUUUCAUGGGCUUUUCACAAUUUCAUCUUCCUAGAAGAAAAAUGAUCCUCACACCAAGUGUAUGGUCUACAUAUAAAUAAAUCUUUUGCAGGCUA